AACACACAGUCAGACUUGUGUCUGGUUCAAACUAGAAUACAAGUCUACUACGACUGCUACCAGUCAUUUCAUUUUGAUCCUUGUUCACAAUAUAAUAUGACUUCUUUCAGACCUUAAUAUCAUCACAUAAUAAUAUCUACACAUAUCUGUGCUUAUUACAGUAGUCAGUUACCAUAUAUCCAUCCAUCUAUCCAUGGCUGCUGUUAACAUCAGCAAGGCUGGUAAUUCACCAGUAUUCAUCCACCAUUAUCUGCCUGCCACCAACCCCAUACGACCGCCUGCUCGAAUUCGGCCAUCUAAUAACUUUACUACUACUAGACUGCAGUCAGUUUCGGUCUCUGCCACUGUUGCCACUGACCAUUCACAUCUGCCUGCCCCUGUUUCCAAUACUAAUAAUGGCAAUAGUGCCAAUCUAAUGGUUUACUCCAUACAUAUGAUGGAGGACCAGGGUGAACCUCCUAGAUGGUUUUGUCCUGUCGAGUCAGGUUCUGCUUCUCGAUUACCCAACUCCCCUCUUCUCCUCUACUUGCCAGGGAUUGGUGGAUCUGGGUUCGGUCUCUCAUUGCAUCAUCGCAGACUUGGAGAGAUGUUUGAAUUAUGGUGCCUCCAAAUACCUUCUUCGGAUAGAACACCAUUUCCAGAACUAGUGAAGCUGGUUGAAAGCACUGUCAAGUCUGAAAGCUACCGAUCACCUGGGAGGCCGAUAUAUCUUGUGGGGCAGUCUUUUGGGGCCUGCCUUGCACUAGCUGUCGCAGCACGCAAUCCUGACAUUGACCUUAUUUUAGUGCUGGCCAAUCCAGCUACAUCUUACAGUGGCUCCCAGUUGCGGCCUUUGUUACCCAUGUUACAAGCCAUGUCAAAGGAACUCGAUGUUUCUCUGGGAUAUAUUCAGAAUUUGAUGGCAGGCAUGGCAGCAGAAACACUGGAGAAACGACAAAUAGAUACAAGUCUAUCACAGGCUCUUGAAGCAAUGUCUUCUGACCUUCCUGGCGUAACUGAAUUAUUUUCAUUGGGGACACUUGUAUGGAAAUUGAAGUUGCUUGAUACAGCCUGUUCAUACACUAAUUCACGCCUUCACUCUGUCAAAGCUCAGACACUAAUUCUCUCCAGUGGCAAGGAUCAAUUAUUACCAAGUCGAGAGGAAGGUGAAAGACUUUACCGUCUUCUACCAAAAUCCGACAUUCGUAAAUUUGAUAACAGCGGUCACAUGCUUUUUAUGGAUCAAGAACAUGACUUGGUUACUAUUCUAAAAGCCAGCGGUUUCUAUCGCCGUACAAGGAAUAUUGAUUAUGUUCUAGACUACGUGCCUCCAACCCCAUAUGAGUUCCAAAAAGCAAGAGAAUCUCACAGAUUUGUGGAGGAGGCUUUCUCUCCAGUAAUGCUGUCAACUUUGGAAAAUGGGAAAAUUGUUAAGGGACUUUCUGGGAUUCCUUCAGAGGGUCCAGUUUUAUUUGUUGGAUAUCACAUGAUGUUGGGCCUUGAAUUGGCUCCUUUGGUUGCUCGUAUAUUUUCUGAAAGAGGGAUAUUAGUGCGCGGAGUAGCACAUCCAUUGAUGUUUAAUAAAUUGAAAGAAGGAAGAUUGCCUGAUAUAUCAGAAUACGAUACACACAGACUUAUGGGAGCAGUUCCUGUGUCAGCUACUAACCUUUUUAAACUCUUCAAAUCGAAGUCUCAUAUCCUGCUGUAUCCAGGUGGCAUGCGCGAAGCUCUUCACAGAAAGGGUGAGGAAUACAAAUUGUUCUGGCCAGAACAGUCUGAAUUCGUAAGAAUGGCUGCUAGGUUUGGAGCCAAAAUUGUACCGUUUGGUGUUGUAGGUGAAGAUGAUAUCGGUGAAUUGGUUUUUGACUACGAAGACCAAAUGAAGAUUCCCUAUCUAAGAAAUUUUAUACAGGAGUUAACUGAAGAGGCAAUACAGCUAAGGAGUAACAUUGAAGGAGAGGUAGCAAAUCAAGAUGUACACUUGCCGGUGAUGCGUCCUAAACUUCCUGGAAGGUUUUAUUAUCUUUUUGGAAAGCCAAUCGAGACACAAGGCAGACAGAAUGAGCUAAAGAAUAGGGACAAGGCACAUGAGUUGUAUUUAGAGGUUAAGUCAGAGGUAGAGAGUUGUCUUUCUUAUUUACAAGAGAAAAGAGAAGAUGAUCCUUAUCGAAGUAUAUUAUCUCGUUUGAUUUACCAACUCAGACAUGGUCCUGAAAAUGACAUUCCAACAUUUAAACCAUAAGAAUGAUCAUUGAUCAGUCAGAAGUUUAAAGAAAUCAUGGCCAUGUUAGGCUAAUACAUACAGAUAGAUACAUGAAUAGAUACGAAACAGAUGUUAUAGCCAAAUUAGUUAGUAUAUAGAGUAUAAGAGACGGAUUCUCAUCACACGAGAGAGCAAGUGUUACUAUUUUUUGCGAAUCCCAUAAACAAUACUGGGUGCUUUAGAUUAGUUUUGGUGCAAAAAAAGUUGUAAAUCUUGUGUUAUAUAUACAUAUAAUCAUAUGCUAUUAUUAUAAUAA